UUUCUUCUUGAAGAAAAAAAUUCAGACUUUUGCAAUUUUUUUUGUUAUUUUUAAGUAAUUUAAUAUAAAGAAACGAAUGUUUUACUUAGUGAUUCCACCAAUCCUCAUAGCUAUACCAUAAGUUAUAGUGCCUUAACAUAGUAACAGCAAGAAACACCUAAGGAAUAAUUGGUAACAAAAACACAAAGAUUUUUCCCGACAAGACGGCUCCGUCAAAUAAUGUUGACACAUAAAAGUUGUCAAGGAGGACGCAAAAAAAUGCAGGUCUCCUAUGUAAUACGAGAUGCCGAAGAGAAACAACAUCGAAAUGGUGUCAAUGCCAUGCAAUUGGAUCCGAAUAAUGGUAAACUUUACUCGGCCGGCAGAGAUGCCAUAAUACGUGUUUGGAACUCGCGUUCGGAAUCAAGUGAAAAAUAUAUACAAUCAAUGGAGCAUCACAACGACUGGGUCAAUGACAUUGUUCUGUGCUGCAACGGCAGAAAUUUAAUUAGUGCUAGCUGUGAUACUACUGUUAAAGUAUGGAAUGCUCAUAAGGGGUUCUGUAUGUCCACUUUAAGAACACACCGUGAUUAUGUUCAAGCAUUGGCCUACGCCAAAGAUCGUGAACAAGUGGCUAGUGCCGGUUUAGAUAAAGCCAUCUUCCUGUGGGAUGUUAACACAUUAACAGCAUUAACUGCCAGCAAUAACACAGUCACCACCUCUAGUCUUAAUGGUUCAAAAGAUUCCAUAUACAGUUUGGCCAUGAAUCCAGCUGGCACUGUUAUUGUAAGUGGCUCAACAGAAAACAUAUUAAGGGUAUGGGACCCCCGUACCUGUAUACGCAAUAUGAAGCUACGCGGUCAUACGGAAAAUGUUCGGGCUUUAGUAGUUUCACCGGAUGGCAAUCAGGUUGUAUCUGGCAGUUCAGAUGGUACUAUUAAAAUAUGGAACUUGGGCCAACAGCGUUGCGUACAAACUAUUCACGUCCAUAAAGAGGGUGUUUGGAGUCUACUUAUGACGGAAAAUUUCCAAUAUAUUAUUUCGGGCAGUCGAGAUCGCAAUAUUGUUAUAACAGAAUUGAGAAACCCCAGCAAUUCAAUGGUGGUGUGCGAGGAAAAGGCUCCAGUAUUAAGCUUGUGUUUUAAUAUUGACAAAACUGGUGUGUGGGCGACGACUUGGAAUUCCGAUAUACGUUGCUGGAAGUUGCCACUGUUUGAUAAAUGUACCUUGAACUCUAGUGGGGGUAUGGAUGCUCAAUGGACAAGCAGUGGAACCGAACUGGCCUGUAUAAAAGGCGGUGCUGCUAUUAAGAAAUGCAAUGUUUUGAAUGAUAAACGUCAUAUUGUGACCAGGGAUACCGAAGAUAAUGUAGCUAUAUACGAUGCUCUGAGAGUGGUUAAAAAGGAAGAAUUGGGCAAAGUAGAUUUUGAGGACGAAAUAAAAAAACGUAAUAAACAAGUAUACAUUCCCAACUGGUUUACAGUGGAUUUGAAAACUGGCAUGCCCACAAUAGUGUUGGGUCAAGAUGAAGUUGACUGCUUUUCCGCCUGGGUAUCAAUAGAAGCUGGUCUUCCUGAAUGUUCAGAGCCUCAAUCCGAAAUAAAAAUUAACUAUGGUAAGUUAUUGUUAGAAGCUUUACUGGAAUAUUGGACACCUCCACACAGCUUGCCACCCAAUGAAAUGGAACAAGAUAUAAGAGGCAACGGAUUUUUUCAAGUACCCAAACAUACACCUGUUAUAUUUAGCGAGGUGGGUGGGCGCACGGUAUGCCGUUUAUUGGUUAGAGAUGCUGCUGGAGAGAGUGAAAGUACUUUACUGCACGAAACUGUGCCACAGUGGGUUACGGAUGUAGUAAUCGAAAAGGCCACACCGAAAUUCUUAAAAAUACCAUUUUUCCUCACACCACAUCCACAAAUGGGUAAACCGGAGAGAACUAAAAAGGAUCGUUUGGUUGCCAAUGAAUUCAUACAAUGCCGCAAAGUAUGUGAACAUGUCUUAGACAAGGUCUUGGGAGCCGAAACAACACCUAGUGGCGGUAAUGCUUCCAGUUCAUCACAAAACAGUCAAAGCGAUGCCAAUUCUGAAGGUUCUCAAGUUCCUGCCGAAGACCGCAUUGAGCUAUGGUGCAAUGAUGUGGUGGUAGAUCCAAAUAUGGAUCUGCGUACUGUCAGGCAUUUCAUAUGGAAACAGUCAACCGAUCUCACAUUCCAGUACAAAACAAAGCCAAAUUUUUCAUAUGAUGGAAAACUUUGAAUACAUGUUUUAAAAUGUUUGGUAAUUUUCACAUAACAAAAUUUCAACUGAUAAUGAAGCACAAAUCAUAUUAACGAGUUCUUUUAACUGGUUCUUUUGAUUUGUUAACAGCAAACAAAUCGGAUAAAAGUGUUAACAACAACUUUAGUAGCAAGAAAACAAAUGUUAAAACAUGCCAAAAUGUAUAUCUAUUUAAAUGGUUUUUAUUUAGUUUGUUGUAAACCACA